UCAGUUUGCCCGUCCCUUUUCCAGUAUGAGGCAGUGGUAUUAUUACCACUACAGAUUUGGUGACAUUUCCAGACAACACAGAGAGGACAGGCAUACACAUUAACAGUACAGACCUCUCACUGACUUUGGAUUCUCACAGGAGUUGCAGUCAUGGUGCUUACUUGUUUCCUCUUUCUGCUCUUCCUCACAGGUAAGCUUGGAAAAUAUGGGGUUUUCCCUGAGCGUAACUGCAGUUAUCAGGAUGUUUUAAACCACCUGAAUCUGACCAAAAACAAUGAGCUGUACUCCAUGACUCGGCCUGUUAAAAACUACAAAUGCCCCACACAUGUAUACCUGGAAGUACUGCUCUAUGCUAUUCUAGAUGUGGUUGAGAAAGACCAGAAAUUCAUUCCUUAUGUUUGGACUGUUGUGAGGUGGCACAAUGAAUACAUUUCCUGGGAUCCAAAACAGUUUUGUGGAAUUGAUAAUGUUUCCCUUCCUACGGAGGUUUUGUGGAAGCCGGAUCUCACUAUUGAAGAAAUGACAGAGACGGACAAAGCCCCGCCGAGUCCGUAUCUCACAAUCAAUGAUAAAGGUGACGUCGAAGUACAGAACGACCAGGUGCUGGUCAGCACAUGCAGGAUGCACAUUUACAAGUUCCCCUUCGACAUACAGUACUGCAACCUGUCCUUCAAGUCUGUCAUACAUACUGCCAAGGACAUUCGGCUCCAGGCAAGUGACAACUCUUUAGAGGCCACAGAGGUGUCUCGUGAGGUGAUGCGGACCCAGUAUGAAUGGCUGUUCCUCAACAUGACAGUUAUCACCAACCAUGCCAGUGAUUUGGUUGGCCAAGACAUCAUCAUUUACACUAUCACCAUGAAGAGGCGGUCUUUGCUCUAUGUUGUCAACUUCGUGCUGCCAGUUCUGUUCUUCUUGUGUCUGGACUUGGCCUCCUUCCUGAUCUCAGACAGAGGGGGCGAGAAGCUCAGCUUCAAGGUCACUGUGCUGCUUGCUGUCACUGUGUUACAACUUAUUCUGAAUGAAAUUCUGCCUUCUUCAUCAGACAAGAUUCCACUUAUAGCGGUCUACUGUAUUGGGAUUUUUGGUUUGAUGAUGCUCAGCCUCCUGGAGACAAUUUUGGUAAUGAAUCUGAAGGAGAAAGACUCUGAAUCCCAAGAUAAGAAGGCAGACAGAGAACAAAGCCUGAGUGAGGACUGUAACAAACACAGCAACUGGAGAGAGGGGCACAAAUGGACUCACUGUGCGUGUAUCUCUGAUGUGUCUACUGAUGAAACUCCAUCUGAACUGCUACCAGUAGCCAAGGAGAGCAACAGCCCCAAAUCAACGGAGGGGUGCCAUGCCUUGGAGAGGCUUUCAGAUGAGCUGAGAGGGAUGGAGAAAACACUGACCCUGCUCCUCAGUGACACGAAGGAAGAGGAGAAGGCUGGCUAUUGGACCAGAGUGGCUAAAAGAGUCAACAUAGUUUUCUUUAUUUUCUAUGUAAUAGUGGUCAGUCUGUUUUUAACUUUUGUCUUUUUAAAAUGGAACAAUGCAUAGAGAUGAUCAGUGCUACAUAAUGAAAACAUGAUUAACUUUUACUUUUGCUAUGACUAGCUAUACCCAGAGCUAAUUAUCAUUAUUAUCAU